CCUGCAUUGAUUCACGGGUAACUGUCUUGAGAUAACAUAGAGAAUACGUUAACUAAGCUUUAAGCAAUAUGUCAGGCAACUAUGGCGACUAUCAGUCAGAGAUCUAUGGCCGAGGCGCAAUGACGGGCAUUCUGCCCAGCGUCACUACUGACCCUCGUCUACUCGAAGAACAAGCAGAGAAGGCUUUAGGGGCUCGUAGCUUCAACUACGUUGCUGGUGGAGCUGGAGAGAAAGCUACUAUGGACAGCAAUCGGCUGGCGUUUCGCCAAUGGAAGUUGAUUCCGAGAAUGCUGAAGCAGAUGAAUGAUCAAAAUAUUUCAGUAACCCUCUUCGGCCAAGACUAUCCGACCCCACUUCUCAUGGCACCUGUCGGAGUCCAGUCUAUUUUUCAUGACGACAAGGAGACUGGCCUGGCAGAAGCAUGUGGAAAUAUGGGGAUCCCUUAUAUCCUCAGCACGGCGAGUAGCAGCUCAAUCGAGGAGGUCGCACAGGCGAACCGGGACGGCAAAAGAUGGUUCCAACUAUACUGGCCGCAGGACGAUGAGAUCACUUUGUCAUUAUUGAAACGCGCCAAAGACAAUGGGUUUUCUGUCCUGGUCGUUACUCUGGAUACUUGGUCUCUGGCCUGGCGACCAGCGGACCUAGACAAUGGCUACGUCCCAUUCAUUCAGGGAGUCGGCAACAAGCUCGGCUUUACAGAUCCUGUGUUCCGCGCAAAGCACGAAAAAGCGUCCGGCUCAAAGGUAGAAGAGGACAUCGUUAGCGCGUCCAGAUCGUGGAUCUCCCAGAUAUUUUUCGGCCAACCGCAUGUGUGGGAGCAAAUUUCCUUUCUGCGAAAGAAUUGGGAUGGCCCACUUGUAUUGAAGGGCAUCCAGCAUGUGGAUGACGCCAAGCUUGCGCUUGAAGCAGGAUGCGAUGGUAUCGUGGUUUCAAAUCAUGGAGGUCGCCAGGUCGAUGGUGCUAUCGGCUCACUCGAAGUUCUUCCCGAGAUAGUCGAUGCGGUCGGAGACAAACUGACGGUUCUUUUUGAUUCCGGUGUCCGCACUGGGGUAGAUGUGAUCAAGGCGCUCUGUCUGGGGGCCAAAGGAGUCUUGGUUGGCAGGCCCGUGAUCUAUGGGUUAGCGAUCGGUGGAAAGCACGGGGCAGAAGCCGUGAUGAAGGGACUAUUGGCAGAUCUCUGGCAGAGUAUGAAACUGUCAGGGAUGCGCACCGUGACCGAAUGCAACCGAGAAAUGAUCAGGAAAGUUGUGUAUCCAGGUGAUGGAAAGGCUAUGUGGUGACAUGUAGCAUUUUAUUGGCCGUCGAUGGGGAUCGGCCCAAUCAAGGAAGGAUCUGAUGAUGGAGUUUGGGGAGAAUGAGGGGGAAAACUGGAGCCUGUGGGGUAAACACCGGUUUUUUUGAAACAGGUCACGUGUUUCUCAGCGUCAAAUUGGAGGUGCGACCCAUGCAGGGGCGUAAGUAGCUAGAUACAUGGGGGUUUCUCUUAUUUGGUAGCGUGUACUCUGUAGAAGAGGUGGUGGAAAUGCCUGACGAUGAUCGCCUGCCCGAAGUUUGUUGGGGAGAACCCGCAAAAUCACAUGCCG